AUGGUGAACCGACCGGUAUUGCCAAAGAAAGGAGGAGCCUGGGCAAGAGUUGUCAUCUUCAUUUCCCUCUAUGUCUUGCUUCUGGAAUCGCUCAUCGAAUGGGUCUUAAUCCUCUAUCUCUAUGGCAUCAAACGGGUCGAUUCCAAGAUGAUGCCUAGUCUGAUCCUAUCCCUAAUAGCGUCGUUUCUUACGGUUCCGCUUCUGUCUAUUCAUAGUUUGCUGGCGUGGCAAUUUAACAAGGCCGGGCGAGGGCCGCAAAAGAAUGCGCUAAGCAAUAUCUCUGCAUAUGCUCUUCGACUGAAUGUCGCUAUCUGGCUGUCAGCCAGUGUGGCUGGCCUGGUCGUUGUUUCGCAACAAGCUUCGUGUCUUCCGGAUGAUUCGAAUGCCAGUUAUUGGAGGGUUGGUGUCAGCUGUGCACUCCACAGAGCAACCGUUAUAGUGGAAGUCUUGUCCUUCAUCACCAUUUGCAUAUACUUUUGCUCGAGAGAGCUUUGUGACCGUCCAUACGAUGUCUCGUUACUUGGUGUCUACAAUCAACAAAACAGAACCCGCGAUGGAAGUAUCACAUCCAACACCAGCUGGGACAGCGAGAACACCUUGAAGAACGACAUUUUAUAUUAUUGUCGCCGUCCAGAACCGACAUACGGUGGACCAGGUCUGCAUUGGCCGUCAAAUGACGAUACCAUGUUUGAAAAACCCGAGGACGUUACUGCUAUUCAGCCAGCACCAUUCCGGGCAAAGCCUCAGCUAAAGCUUAGUACGACUCUUGUCCCUGAGUCUGCUGAGUUCAGAUCGGGAUCCGUUUCUCCCAUGGCUGCCGCGUCUGAGACGGACCCUGUCUCUCGCACUUCUACUGUCCUGACUUCAGGAACCAACGAGCCUCCUUCAAUUGCAGAACUACCAGCUCCAGAGGUCCCACAGAUUCCUACAAAAUUCAGCCACAAACGACAGAAAUCAUCCAUGUCACUCAGAAAGUUCCUCCCCAGAUCUCUUCCGAUAUCUCUCCCCCUGUCAGAUGAUCCCCAAAUCCGAGCACUUUCAAACCCAAACAUAUACUUCGACCUAGAAAAAGAAGCAGAAAAAGCAUUCCUCUCCGACUCGUCCGAAUCAUUCCAAAGACCAAACUCCCCGCUGAAGGCAGACAUCCCCAAGCACCAAAGCUGCCCGAUCAUCCAGCUAGACCCCCCACAGCAAGACCAACGGACAAUGACAAUGUCCUCCGCCGACGCUCCCGAAGUCGUCGACCCAGAGCCGCAAAAGAUCCAACGAUCCAAUACCGCCACCGCCGCCGCACACCUAAGCCAGCCCCUUCCGCGCUCCAUGAACCACCCGCACCACCCCAGCCAGCUUCGUUCCGUGCCGUCGACGUCAGUCAUGCAGUCGUUAACCCGUGGCCCGAGCACAGCCAGCGUCCACUCCGGAGCAAGACUCAUUACCAUCUCUCCCUCGCCAGAGCCAAAACAACAGCAACCCGAUAUCCGACGCCUUCCCUCCCGCCGGUACAGCAACAGCACGACCAACAGCAGCAAUACCAACAGAAGAUCCAGCCAAUUGUACCAAUUUGACCAGUCGCAAGCCCCCCGACACUUCCAUAGACCGCAUCCACACUUUAACUACCCGCUCCGUCAUAACAUCGGCACCGUGCCGCGCAGGAACGAUGUCGAAAUUAUUUAUCCCAGUACUCGACGAUCCCGAAGUAGUACGUACGGCGGGAUUAGCUCGAUUGUGCCGUUGGAUAGUAUUAUGGAGUCGCGGGCGUCGUUUGACGAGGUACCGGGGUGUGUUGGUGCGGAUGAUAAUGGCGCUAGUGCUGGUGUUGGUGUUGGUGCUCACAUCAUCGAUGAGAAUACCUAUCGCGGGACGAAUUGGACGAGUAUGCCUGGUUCUGGAUGUUGA